UGUUCUUGCUGGCUGCCCACGGGUGGCAUUGCGAACCCCCUCCAAACGUUUCUGGGUUUCCUGCCACUGCGUGCGUGCCUUGCUCUUGAGAGAGGCGGAAGUGAAAGGGACUGAGUCGUCUAGCGACUAUCUUGCUAGCCCCUUUCCUGCAGGGCCCCCCAGCUCCAAGUUUGGGGACGGUGGCAGGAGGCUGCAGGCUCAGGGGGGUCCUUGGUGAGCAGCUGCCUGGCGAGGGCAAUUUCCACCCCCGGGUUUGGAUGCGGAAGCAGAGAGAAGAUGGCGGUGGGGCUUACAGCAAUGUUCCUCUUCUUCCCCUUCGUCAUGCAAGCCGCAGCACAACAAGGUCCAUCAUCGAAGGUGGUCGGGGUCGUUGGUGGGGUGGCAUAUCUCAGUCCCAGCCUGCAAAACCCGGCCUCCUAUAACCAUAUACAAUGGCGACGCAACGACUCUGUGAUGAUCGCCAGGUGGGACAAGGGAGCGACGGUCCUGUACCCCAACAGCAACUACAAGGGACGCCUGGAGCUCAUCCUCAACAGCACCCUAAAAAUCAGCCGCCUGCAGAAAAGUGACAGCAGCUCAUACCAAGUGUACCGGGGGGAUGAGGGAGGCAAAGAGCACGUUGAAACCAUCCUCCUGAGGGUGUAUGAUCCGGUCCCAAAGCCAACUGUGAAGGCCAAAGUGACCAGGGAUGAGUCGUUGCAGUGCAAAGCCACCCUGGAGUGCUCAGUGGGGCUUGAAGGGGUGACCUACGAGUGGAUCUUCCCCAGAAAGCUCCCGCUGAAGGGUGCGGGUGCCUCUGAGCAGCAGGUCUCCUUCAACCCCUUGGAGGAAACCUACAUCUGCAAAGUCAGCAACCCUGUCUCCUCCAACAGCGCCUCGCUGAUCUACAGGCACCCCUGUUCCUGGACAGGUGAGUCCUCCGCUGCUGCAUCCUACACCACGACCAGCACACUGCUAGUCCUGGGACACGUCCUCCUCCUCCUCGCUCUGGCUUAAGGAUGCUCUGCGGUUUACAUUUCUCCUUGUCUCACCCCAUCCCCCCCGCCCCGCCAUGGGACCAGCGCCUGGAUGAGGCCCCCAAACCGGCGGGAUGCAGAAAGAUGCAGUUGCUCAAGGGAACCAUCACAACCAGUGUCUGUCACACCAGCACCCACCCGGUCUCAUCCACAGCCACCUACUUCCUCCAGCCCAGCCUCUGGCUUCUCUGCUGCUGCCUUCAGGGUAGUUCUGUGCCUCAGUUUUCCUCCUCACCUCUUCUGCUUUGCUUUAAUCAGAGGUCGUGUUCUCUGAAUUUGAGCAAAACAGGGAUGAAGUCUGUUGCAAGGGUGUUUUGAGAACGCCAACAAUCUAAAUUGCUAAAUUAAUAGUUGAAAUUCCUCUUCUGGAAGUCCUCUUGGAAGUCCUCUUGGAAGUCCUCUUCUCCCUGACCCUGAGGUCUGCAGGGAGACCCAAUCUGAGCCUUUGCCGGGGCUCCCCGUGGACUUCGCGGGGGGGUCCUCAGUCAUCACCUGCUGUCACCGAUGAGUUGUGCAGGACAGCGCGCGAGGUGUUUAGCCCAGAACCGGUGACACUAGCAUGGGUGCAGCUGGGUGCUGCCAGAUCUCCAGGUCCAGAGCACCAGAGCAACUCGAGGUGGUAGGGCUAAGGUGACACCUUUGUCUUUAUCUGCAAGGGAGGGUUCAGCAGGGCAAGUACUAAUAUAAAAAUAUUAAAAUUUCUUUAAACUUAAC